AUGGCCCCAUGCAACCCUCAGGACGUCAUCCCAUUCUCUUUAAAAGGCAGUAUUGACACAGAAUCAGCAACAGCCACGACAACUGAGAGCACAACUGUUAGUACAACUGAAACAACCACACCAGCCACAACAACUGAGAGCACAACUGUCAGUACAACUGAAACUGCUCCAGCCACAACAACUGAGAGCACAACUGUUAGUACAACUGAGACAACUACACCAACCCCGACAACAGAAUCAACAUCAGCCACAACAACUGAGAGCACAACUGUUAGUACAACUGAGACAACUACACCAGCUACAACAGCUAAGAGCACUACUGUUAGUACAACUGAAACAACUACACCAGACACAACAACUGAGAGCACAACUGUUAGUACAACUGAAACAACUACACCAACUACAACAAAAGAAUCCACAUCUGCCACAACAACUGAGAGCACAACUGUUAGUACAACUGAAACAACCACACCAGCCACAACAACUGAGAGCACAACUGUUAGUACAAAUGAAACAACUACACCAGCCACAACAACUGAGAGCACAACUGAA